CUGACARGAAAAGAAAAACAUAUGGCCAAAACAGUGAAGAUUUUCAGACAUUUAUUUUUAAUUUAAACCAAUAUGAGCAAGCUUAACACUCACCUAAAGAAACUAGCCGCGUUAUGUUAUCGACAUAAGUUUCUUAUCGAGCGUACUGUCGAAACAACAGAACGUUCUUUCUUUGAAUAUGGUCCUCUUGGUGCAGAGUUGAGAAGGAACCUGAAAAAUCUUUGGUGGCAAGAUGUAGUAACCUCCAGAGAAACAGUUCAAGGUCUUGAAUUGUCCAUGUUCGCCACAGAUGARCUGCUUAACAUACAGAAUGAACCAAAACACAGAAUGGUUGAUGUUGAAAGUCUUWCUGAAAAACUCCUUUCUUUUUCGCUUCAAAACCAUUCAAAAGAAGCAGAAAAUGCAAAGAAGGAUUUGAAAAAGAUUAUAUUACAAAAUUCAKUACCUCUGAGAACACSCAGUUGUAAUUUUUUGGACAAUUUUGGAAAUUCUUCAGCAGACUCAUCGCUUGCAAUGCCUGCUGGGUAUGCAUGGCAUACUAAGCAAGUUUCUAUGGAGACSGGUGAACAUGACAUUUUGAGAAGCCUUGAAAGUGAACUUCUUUGUUUACAAUUCCUAUGUGGAGUUAGGUCUUUGAAGUAUUGGCUCAAUUUCUGGAGAAGACAAAGAUUCAUUUGGUGGAGAAAACUGGCCAAUGUGCCUUCAAACUUUUCCUCRUAUGAUGUUCCACAGAAGAAUAAUAAUGGGAAUCUGAUAAYCAAGAAUCAGUAUGAUUUUUCUUGGGGAAAAGAGGAUAUGGAGUCAAUCAGUUGUUCAUCCAAUGGCWGCAGUGGUUCUUUGGCWGUUAMAGAGAGUWAUAAUACACAACCUUCUUCCAUAUCAAUAACAACAAACAUUGAUAAAGGAUUCAUUGCUUUGCUAGCUGAUGCAUUUGAAGAAAAAGACCGUGCUGGUGUAACCGGGGAGGUGUCUAGAAGGACUGUUCUUCAUCUUCACCCAAGUUUGGCUCCUUAUAAAGUAGCCAUCUACACUAACUCUGCCAAUGGKAAUGAACUGUCUGAAGUGAGUCAMCAAUUAGCAUCUGAAUUGAGACAAGCAGGGAUUUCUACCAGCAGUGGGAAUAUUGCAGAAAGCGAUGGAAAUUCCUCAGAGCAGUUUUACGCUUACCAUGAUGAAAUAGGUACACCAUAUUGUGUCUCGAUCUUGCAGUCUACUUUAAGUAAYGGUGUUGUAGCAUUUAGAAGUAGAGACACCACUUUGCAGGAGUUUUUACAUAUUUCGGACGUGUUGAAAACUUUACAAAGUCACCUAAAGCUCCUGUAAAAAAAAUGACCGGAAGUAGA